CCUUGUCUUUAUAUUUGGAAACAUGCAUGAGUUAGGCAAAGUGUAAAACUAAGAGAAAACUCUAGCUAGGAGAUGGAGAACUCUAAUGGGUGCUCAAGAAAAUCAAAGGAUGUUUCUCUUCAAGAGCUUAGAGAUCGGCUUGCUGAGUUUGCUGAAGUACGAGGAUGGGAUCAAUAUCACAGUCCUAGAAAUCUCCUUCUAGCACUAGUGGGAGAGGUGGGAGAGCUAUCAGAGAUAUUCCAGUGGAAGGGAGAGGUUGCAAAAGGUCUACCCAACUGGAGUUCUGAUGAUAAGGAGCAUUUAGAAGAGGAGAUCUCAGAUGUUCUGCUCUAUCUAGUACGUCUUGCUGAUGUUUGUGGGCUAGAUCUUGGACAAGCUGCUCUGACAAAAAUAGUCAAGAAUGCUAAGAAGUACCCUGUUAUGAAUCACAACUAGGAGCUUUCCUUCUGGCCUUUUAAUAUACUAUAUGUAUUGCACUUCCUUUAUGUUUUUCUCUCUUCCCUUCGAAGUAUUAGAAGUUAAGAACUAUGAGGUCUAAUGUGUGGGAGAAAACAGUGCAACUAAUUUAUCCAGCAUGUUGGGAGUGAAUUUCUACUUGAAUAUCUUCGUUGUUCUCUCUUUUAGCUUGUCGAGCUACGACCUCAAAACUCAUUGUUCAGAUAUGAUUAUGAUAUUAUCCGGUGAAAUUAUUCAGUGCA